UAUCAUACUCUGAUUUCAUUAACAAACUAAAUUCAAUCUCCAAACGAAGUUGUGUAAUGAAGAUAACCAGCGUUUUUAUCCAGGUUAUAAUCUCUCUCUUCAACUUCACAUUGAUUGUAUCUUCAGCGGCUAUUCCGACCCAGUGUAAAAUACCUACUGACUUGAAAGUGCAUUAUGAAAAACUGUCCAGUGUUGGCAUUGGCAAUAACUUUUUCCUACCGGCUGAAAUGGUUCCAGCAAAAAGUGAGCAGUCACCAUUGACCAUUGGGGAUAAAACUUGCCCAACAUCUCCAGUUUCUUCUGAUAUUAUCCGUGAACGUUCAACCUGCCCUUGGUACUUGACUUUCGCUCAUGAUUCAACAGUUUAUCCGCCGUUACGUCAAGAAGUAGUGUGUCGCUGUAAAGAAUGCCUGGACUCUGACCACAACCACCAUUGUGUAACCGUAUACACUAAAACGACUGUCCUCAAGCGUACAGGCGAAUGUGUUGAUGGACUAUAUGUGUAUAAACCAAGUGUAAUUGAUAUAGCGACAGCUUGUGUUUGCGCACGGAAAGUAGAUAGAGAGUAACUGACGCAAAUCUUGAGUCGUAAAAGUGGCCACCUAUCAGAUGUUGAAUGCGUGUAGAGCAAAUGUUUUCAUAUUGCAAAAAUUUAAGUUGAUCACAAUGUGGUCAUUAUAAUUUUAAAAUACGAAUAUAUCUUAUCUUGUCACUGUUACACAGACACACACAUAGGCAGACAGACACAAACACACACA